AGCCCAGCGGUCAUCCUUUUGCCCCUCUUUUUGCCCCCUUUACCUUCCCACCGGUUAGCCAACCGUCGGGAGGGUAAAUUUCGAGGGUAAUCAAUGAUCGCGCCGCUCCAAGACAAAACUAUACAGAUUAAAGUGCUGUUUCAUUAUUUGGCUGUCAUUUCGAAUUCCUUCUGGCUGCUGAGGAAAACAACUCCUUUCUGCUCUCUGUCUUUCUGCCAUUCCUUCUGCGUUUUUACCUUAUUUCAUUCUCAGGUACGCUUCCUUGUUCUUUUAUGGCGAUUUCGGAACUCCCUGAUGUUGUUAACCUUGAGUCCCACAUUACGCCUGCCAACAUAACUAAAUACCUUUCUCGGAGGUUUCUGGAUACUCCUCUGUAUCUGAUUCGAGCACCUUACCCAAAUGAGAGGAUAGUCCUGCCUUAUCCUCCUCCUCCGGGUUUGGUGGAUCCUCAAGAGUACCGUAGCAUAGUAUUUUUCUUGAAGCAGAAAGAGUUUGGCCUACCCUUGCCUUUUACUCCUUUCUUUGUUGAGGUUUUUGAUUAUUUUGGGGUAACUCCUCGAAUGUUAUCCCCAAACUCCAUUUUGUUCAUGUCUUGUUUCGAGUCUGUUUGCCUGGGUUGGGGUUUUGCACCUACGGCCUGUCUGUUCGUGACCUUUUUCCGCCUUGUAAAGGCGGUCCAGAACUUCUACUAUUUUUCCCCUCGUAGGGGAUUAUCUCUUCUUACGGGCUACAAGGAUUCCAUAAAGGGGUGGGUAGAGAAUUUCCUCGUAGCCGAGCUAAAAUUAGGGACUGACCGGUCGUGGGAGGUAGACCUACGUUGGGGAGAGAUUUAUCCGGGCUCCAACGACCUGCCCAACUUGAGUAUUGUUGAACAAGUAGGGUUGCUUCGACUGACUUCCGUUGAUAGGAAGUAUGAUGUCGAGAAGUGUUCGUACGUGUCCAACCGUAGGGACGUCCGGUCUAUGGGUAUAGCGCUUUGUCUAGUUAUGUGGUUUCUACUUUGCUUGUAAUAUUGGGAUGUAUGCUAACUUUCAUGAUUUCGCAUUUUUGCAGCUUCGGAAGUAAAAAUGGACGAGAUCAAGUUUCCCAAGAACUUUGUCCUAUCUCGGGACAAUAUUCAUGCAAUCUAUGACGCCUUUUCAGCUGGUCGUUCGGUAUCGGAAGCUGCUAUGGAAGUGGUUCAAGCGACUUCCUCCAAGAAGGUUAGCCGAUCUCCAGCCAGAGUGCCCUCUCAAGUUGCAAAGCCGAGCUCUCGCAGCUCCAAGUCAUCCAGGCCAUCUGGCCGUGGCGGACCGAGCUCAACUUUGGAGUCUGCUGAAGGGUCUAGGUCUGCUCCAGCCUCCUCAGAGGCCGUGAGAGAGGCUUCCUUGGUUAUUACGGAGCAGACUUCUGCUGUCGAGCAGGUGGAGCAGGGUACUGCCCACUCUCCUGAGAAGGUAUCUGGGGGUAAAGACAAGGAGGCCUCCGGGACGGGGUUGGAGAUUGUCCUUAUAGAGGACCGAACUCCAGAGGAUCUUACCCAAGAUGCCCCUGCCCCUGUGAGGACUGAACCUGGGGGUUCUGAGGGCGUUUCAGCAAAGACCGGGGAAAAGCGCCCAGCUUCUCAUAGAACGUCUGUCCCAUCUCCAGCUAGGAAGAAAUCCAGGGCUACUACAGGGUCUGCCCCGGCUCUUCUUUCCAUUGGGAAAGGAAAAAAUGCUGCUGCCGAGCUUCCGUUACCUUCCUCUGGCAACGCUUUGAAAGCGUCGGACAUUACCUCUGAGUCUCCAGCCAGUGCUGUUGCUGACCUUCUCAGAGUGCAGAUGUUCGGCGGGGUUACACAAGCUUCGGAUCCCCGUCUUCUCGCCCUGACUGGUCUCUUAGCCAGUUCUACUGAGGAACAGGUGUCUUUCCGAUCUCGGUCUCGCGAAGAGCUCGGGAACACAAUCAGGGAGAUGUUACUGAUGAUGACGGGUCUUGUCACGGAGGUGGAUAUCCGUGAUCGUUCCUUCCGGGAGUCUGUAGUCCGCCGGAUUGAGGAGGCGCGUCAGGAGGAGAACAUAUCUGCAACUAAUGAUGCAAGAGGGAAUCUGGCUGCUGCUCGAGAACAAAUCCAGACCCUCCAGGCGGAGUUGAACUCUGCAUUGGAGGCCCUUAAAAAGGCUGAGGAGGAAAUAGCUGGUACAGCGAAGCAUACCUUGUCUUUAGAAAAUGAGCUGUCUCGGACUUGCAAAGUUCUCCAAGAGUCGGAUGAGAGGGCAACUGCCUUGGAGGCUCGCUGCAAAGGAGUUUCGGAGCAAUUGUCCUCUAUGGCGAAUGCCCUUCAGGAGAGGAAUGAGGCUUUGGGCCAAAAAGCGGAGGUCCAGCGCCUGUAUGAUGCCUUAAAGGCAGAUUUUGAUGGACUUCAAGCUCAUAUGAAGGAGGAGAAAACUCAGAAAGAGGCAGCCCUAGCUCGGGUGCAGGUCCUCGAGCAGGAGUUGAGUGCAAGUUCUGACCGUAUCAGAGAUCUGGCUUCUUCGGCUGAAGAAUUCAAACUUCGUCAUGAUCAACUUAACCAGGAAGUCAGGGCUUUGGAAUGCAAAGCUCAGCUGGUACGUGAGCAAUGCAUAGCGGAGUAUCAGGAGUCUGAUGAGCUGAAGGAGAAGAUCAUUCAGGCCGGUGAGUUGGCUGUUCAGAGCUACAAGGACUCUUCUGAGUUUAAGGAGUUUGUAGCUGAGGCCUGUGAAGCGCAUCUUGAUAAAUAUUUAGCUUCUGCUGAAAUGAAGAGGGCUAUUGUUAAUAAAGCCCUUCAUUUUUACUCAUCCGGCUAUAAUCGUGGUUUAAGAGAAGCUAGGCAGGCUCCUGAUAUCCCGUUGUCAGAGCUUCGCAAGCGGGAGGUAGAUUCAGAUGGCGAGCCGGUAAUGUAUGGAGAGGAUGAUUUCCCUAUGCCCCGGGGAGAUUGCCGUGUUGGUGGCCGGUCAACUGUGUCUUCCUCGGAUGAAGCCGAGCUGGAAGAAGAGGACGUGGAAGUCCUUGGGUCGGAGGAUGAUGACCCUGUUGCUGAGGAGGAGAACCCCAACCUUGGGUCAGAGAUUGCUCCUGCUGCUAAUGUUGAGAGCUCUGAUCCAAGGGAUACUGAGCUUCCUGCAGAUGUCACUGCAAAUAGGGAUAAUGUGGGCGAGGGAGUUUUAACUGAUGUAAGUCCUUUAAGGAGUAUCUAUCCUCCUACUUCGCCUGAGAGGUGAAUUGUAAUGUUUUGUUAAUUUUUCAUAUGCCUUGUAAUGUAUUUUUAUAAGUGCUGUAUUGACUUUUAGCUUUUAGCUAACAGUGUGAUCAAGUUCAUUGGUAAACUGACUUGGGCUUUGGAUGUAGCUUUUUUCUUCUUUAUUUAUGCCUUAGACGAGUUUAGUCUCGAUAUGAAGAGAAUAUUGGUUUUUUCGUUGGCCUUCAUGCCUUUGGGUUUUAAGGAUAUAUGUUUAUCCGAGCUGGAAGCCCGUCCUUCUGCCUCGGCUAAACCUUUAAUCAUUAGCAUGCAUUUUGAGUUCGGCACCCUUUUGCCGUCGUGUCCCCUGCCUCUUUAUGAGGUCGGAACAUGUUUUUUACUGGUAACUCUUGGUUCCUUAUUUCUACUUAGCCUCUAUUUUGAGGUCGUCGUUUACU